AUGUGGCCUCACAGUCUCUGUGCCCCCUAGCUGCUCCAGAGCCACUUCCCAAGUGGCUCUGCUGUCCUGCCAGAGAACCAUGGUGAAAAGUGGACUUGUUAUUUGCAUCCUGGUGGUCAGCUUACUCCUGGACCAGACCAACAGCCGCCCAUCCAGAAUGAAAGCCAGGAAGCACAGCAAACGCCGGGUGAAAGAAAAGGAUGGUGAUCUCAAGUCUCAAGUUGAAAAGCUCUGGCGGGAAGUAAAUGCCCUGAAGGAAAUGCAAGCUCUGCAGACAGUCUGUCUUCGAGGCACCAAAGUUCAUAAGAAAUGCUACCUUGCUUCAGAAGGCUUGAAAUACUAUCAUGAAGCCAAUGAAGACUGCAUUUCCAAGGGAGGAACCCUGGUGGUCCCCAGGAACUCUGACGAGAUCAAUGCCCUCCGAGACUAUGCUAAAAGGAGCCUGCCAGGUGUCAAUGACUUUUGGCUGGGCAUCAAUGACAUGGUCACAGAGGGAAAGUUCCUCGACGUCCACGGAUUCGCUGUCUCCUUCCUCAACUGGGACCGUGCCCAGCCCAGUGGUGGCAAGAAAGAAAACUGUGUCCUGUUCUCCCAGUCAGCUCAGGGAAAAUGGAGCGAUGAGGCUUGUCGCAGUAACAAGAGGUACAUAUGCGAGUUUAUCAUCCCUUAACAAAAGUUCGUUCCAAACAAGAUUGGUCCUGAUUAGUAGGCUGGUGGUCCCCCCAAUAAACCAAAAUCACAUUUAUUAGUUGCAAAAUUACAAUGCUGGCAUUGUUGCACAUAGGAAUACAGUCAGACUGUUUUUCUACCGUAGCUCAUUGUGACUUUGCCCUUUAUGGGACAAGAGGAAUCAGAAAAUAACAAACCAGAUAUGUGUACAUUAAAAAGGGCUUCUGCAAAAUGGCCUCUCAAAUCCUUUUCUCUCUCCUUGUCCCUCUUGUGUGUAUAGACCUGGUCUAUUUUUUAAAAUACAAUAUCCUUGUAUGUCUUUAAGCCAGAAAAGCAAGCUUAGGCUGCCUGGAAAGUUUCUCUUAAGCUUAAUCAGGUAUCACUCAGUGACCCGGAUAUAAUCCUAGGGAUGUGUCAUUAGGUGAUUUUCUUGUAUGAACAUCACAGUAUGCCCUUACACAAACCCUGAUUCUAUACCAUCAGGGUGACCUCUAAAUGCAGCAAUCCAGAGAUGCAGUAGACACAAGCUGUAUGAGGCCUGUGCUGGUGGAACAUGGCAGACUUCUAGAAUCCAUUUCUUUUUGUAGGUAGGAAUGCACAAUAAAACAAUUAAAAAUAUAGUAUACGAGCCAGGCAUGGUGACACAUGCCUUUAGUCCCAACAGAGGCAGACGGAGCUCUAUGAAAUGGAGGUCAGCUUGGUCUAUUAUAUAACAAGUGCCAGGUCAGUUAGGGCUACAGAGAGACCCUGUCUAUAAAAGACCAAAAAAAAAAAAAAAAAAGAUACUAUAUUGGUUUUCCAUCACUAUAAGAUUCCUGGACAGACACACAUGAAACAAACAAAGUGCAGUUUAUUUAGCUUGUACUUUUAGUGACUCAAGGAUGAAGACUGGGCAGUCCACUGGCUUGGCCAAUGGUGAGGGUGGCAGAUCAUGGCAAGAACAACUGGUCGUUCUCAAACUGAGCAGAGGUAGGGAGGAUGGGCAGGGUCCCCCUUCAAAGCCACGCCUAAGGGUCUUCUACAAGCCUCCACUUCUCAAAACUGCCACCCUGGGUGUUAGGUUUUGGGAUGCAGAAUACAGGAACAGUAGGAGAGAGAAAGAGACCAUACCAGACCUCGACGGGUCAGCAUUUUAUUCAAACCCAGGAGCAUCGGCUGCCUUCCCGCAUGCAUGCUAGAAGCAACUGCCCUGUGUAUGGGAAGCGGUGGAGCUCAUGAGGAAGUGGUUGUAGCUGCAGCUGUGGGGGCUACCACGUGCCUCAUUCUCUGGAGGCACUUGCUCAAACAGGACAGGCUAUCUUGAGCAACAGCCAGUCUCCAAGAGUUCCAGAGGUAGAUAAGGGUCAGCUGCAGUUUGGGAGAUAGAUAAGAUCAGCAGUGGGGUUUCUAGUUUUCUGCAACUGGGGCAUUCUGUCACUAGGGGGAUCCUUGGCAGGAACACAAACAACCUCCAGUCAUGGCACGUGGUAAAUACAUACACAAGCACACUGCCAUUUAUUAUCAAGUUUUAGAUCCUGUUCUUAGUCAUGUGCUGUACUUUAUCUAACAGUAUGAUGGGUUUGCUUAUAACAAGGUCACCAAGUACACACGCAGUGCUACAUGUGCUGGGUUACAUAAGGAUACGAGCAAUGUCGGUAGGCAACAAAGAUUUUUCAUCUCCACCUGAGUCUUAAGGGACCACCAGACUAUUAUUGGUCAAAAUAUUGUGCAGGGCCAGUAUAUAUUUAAUGGAUGUGAAUUUCCAAGUCAGGAUUCCAGGAGCUGUAGAAUCCACAACCUUUCCAGCACGGAGCUCAAUCUGCUCUACCUUGUUAGUCCAGGGACCUAUGCUUUCAGCUACAGCAUCCUGGGGUGGGACUUGCAUCCUCUUGGCCACAUCACAGUACAAAUGUCUGAAGAGGUUCUGAUCUAACACUUCAAAUGCCUUCACCGCAGUUUUUUUGGAACUUCCUAGUCGAGAGCCCUCCUAAACCCCCUCCCCAAAUGAGGCAGCAUAUUUGAUCGAGUCCUGCUCUCAGCAUCCCAUUGCAACUUCCAACCAAUGAUCAACCCUGAGGCAGCAGAAGAGCAGCAGGCGAUAAGAAUGAAUGAAACAGACAAACAAGGCAGGGCUGGGGCUGCACUGCAGUUGACAGAGGGCUGGUCCCCCUGUGCAGGAAGCCCUGGGCUCACAUAAACAGGGUGUGGUGGCUCACCUAUCCCAGCACUGGGUGGUGGAGAUAGGAGUUCAAGGUCAUCCUUAGUGAGUUCAAAGCCAGUCUAGGCUACAUGUGACCUGUCUCCAAAACAAUAACAGCAAGGUCUCCUUUCUUUCAGCAUGUGUCCUCACAAAAUCCUCUUAUAUAUGGAUAACAACUUUUUUACUUUCUUUUCAUAUAUAUUUUUUCAACCAACAUUAUGCAUUUCAGUCUACAAGUAGAAGCUGAAACUUGUGCUUAAAUAAUACCAUUUUAGAGCCGCACAAUUUUUUUCUCUGCGUUUUUUUAUUCUAACAAUGCCAUUCCCAUUAAAUUGCAUAAAUGGAUUUUGUAAGAAUAACUUCAUUGCUUAAAAACAGCAUUAUACAUUUUAGGCUUGGGUAAAAAUGGGUUUGUUGAAAAAAAUCUAAAUAUACUCUGUCCUUCAAAUAAAUAUCUUUCUUCUCUUCCAAUGUUGGAUGCAUUUUCUGAAUAAUAUCUUGCUCUAAAGAGUUACAUGCUCCUAGAAUUAAAUUUUAGAUUUUUUUGAUUGCAGAAUAAAGCCCCAAAUCUGAUCUGUGUGAAUGUGUUUAGAUAUUGACUACAGCUAUUCAGACUACGUUGUUUUUAUCAAACUUGGCAAAAUUAAGGAGAAAAUUUCCUGGAUUCGAUCAAACUGAUUACACUGGUAUAUUUGGAGAAGACUUUCAACUGGCACUGAAGAAGUAUAGUUUCAGGAUGGGGGACUUUAAAAAUAUUGUAGGGACAAUAAAAAUAUUGUAUGGACAAUG